AUGGCCCUAUCUGCGCUACCGCCGGAGAUUCUUAGCAGGAUAUGUCGCUUCAUCGUCGCGGAAGGUGGCACUAUCGUUCGUUAUCGUUAUACGCUUCCUCAAGACCUCAAGUCGUUCCGACUUUCUUGCAAGUCUUUCUACCAGAAAACGCUAUUCGACGUCGGGGUUCUCCACGGAGCAAUGCUAGACCACUUCGUGGUCGGUCUUACCUACAAAUCCCUCAGCGUUCUAUAUUCGAUUAGCAACGUUCCCUAUUUCCGAGACCGACUUCGCAAAAUCAGAUUCGAUCGGAGAUUCGUGGGCUGCUUCUCCGGGGAAGAGCAGACUGGCUUUGCGAGCUCUCCCGAGGCGGUUUACAUGAUGACAGAAAUCUUCAAGAAUCUGGCACAUUCGACCUCAUUGCUGAACAUCUAUCUCGAUGAAGAGAUGAACUAUCCCACCAUACUUGCCGCACUCAACCUCGCCUCAUUCCCCCACCAAAUCAUCAACGUAAUGGUGAAUCCCAGGGACUUCCGCCCAUUCUCGCACGAACGUUUCCUGAACCCUUUAACCGAGUCCCCGCAUCUCAUCUCGCAUCUCGAGUUCCAGGCUACUCCACAUGAAGAUCCCGAAGAUGUAGAGCCAGGGGAGAGAGAACGUGACGUCGCGCGCAACGAAUUCGGCCGCCACUACUCCGGCUACAAGCCUAUCACCCCUCCACUAUCACAACUAGCCGCGACACUCUCGGGAGUGGAAAGACUUACCUUCAACGGAUGCGGCAACAUGCCACGUCUACGACUGUGUCACGGAUGCGAGAAUAUAUGGGCCGGUAUCUUCGCGAAGAACACUUAUGCGCAUCUUGCCCAUUUGGAGCUCCGUGACGGUUACGUGAGUGGGAGUCGUCUGCGGGGCUUCAUCAAGCAACACGCGGGAACACUAGAGCAUGUCAAGUUUGAGUACAUGUUCCUGACCGACGGUACUUGGCGCUCAAUUGCUCAGGGCCUGCAGAAAUGUUCAACUCUCAAACAUCUGGACGUCGGCCCAGAUACUACCUCGGGUUGUUACAUGGGCUCUCUUCGUCAGAAACACGCUGCGCCACCUCUCGAAGCCAGCCUACCAAAGCAAUACGUCACUUCCCGUUUCAACAACUCAAUGAAGAUAUCAGACAAACCUCCAAACAUUAGAAUCAUACUGAAUAACCAAGAGGAUAUCACAAACUGGCUCGAUGUAUUCAUGAGAUACUUUGCUACCGAACAGGGCGAGGAAGGCAGGUGCUAUGAUCGCGAUGGCUUUACACUCCCGAUUUAUCACGAGGCACGUACUUUCUUUCUACCUCACCACAUGAAGGGUAAACCCGAUACUCGGUCACGGGCAAAGAUAGCUUUGGACAAGUAUCUCAAGGCAGACGAAGGAGCUUGA